AUGUCCGCGGGACGUCCCUCUCUGGCUGUGACAAGCGGCGUCGAGUCGGUCCCACGGCUGAUGAAGUAUGGACCUGGUCAAUUCACAGACCUCGCGUGUUCCAGUGACCCAAAGACCCACCAAAUAGUGUGCGGUAUAUGGACAUCAGACGACAUAACAGACGGCGAAGAGGUAUUUGACGCCGAAGUUGACGAGGUCAAGUUCGUAACUGAAGGAGAAUCACUCUGGAAAGACAUCACAACGGGGAAGACGGUUGUCGCCAACAAAGGAGACAUGUUGUGGUUUCCUAAAGGGGCGUCUUCAAUCUUGGUGUGGUCGAGGAAUCUAUCGGCAUUUUACGUCGAAGCAACACACCGAAAAGUCUCCGUUGUUACCAAGUCUAACACGCAGUUGGGUGCUAUUGCAAAUGAUCUAUUGGCUCGACUUACGAAUUACUACGUUGUGAACAAUCCCAUGUCAAAAAAGGCUUUCGAAGAAGCAGUCACCCACCUUCCCAGCUCCAACCCGUCUUCUGGGUUGAAAUAUGGUCCAUUCUCAAUGGUGUUCAAAUCUAGCAACGGCUGUUACAUAACAUCUUUGGAUUCGCGCGAGUACCUUGAUUUUGCCGCUGAGUACUCCACCAGUAUUCUCGGCCAUUCGCAUCCCGAAAUCACCAAGACAAUCGAAGCCGCAGUGGCGUGCGACAUCAACCUGGGAGGGCCGGACAUGGAAGAAGCCAAACUAGGUGCUUUACUGAAAUCACGUAUGCCAAGCCUUGAAGGAAUUCAUUUCUGCGCAUCUGAGGCGCAAGCCCGCACCAAGGCUUUGACUCUGGCCUGUAGCUACACAAAGAAGGCGAAGGUCAUUGCCUUUACACAGGUCUGCCACGAUGGCCAUCAUGAAUUCAGCGAUAUUCCAACGCCUUUUGAUUUCGCGAUUGGACGAUACAACGACAUCGAGCACACUCGGGCGAUGAUCGACGACACUUUGGCAGUUAUCAUUGUCGAGCCAGUCCAGGUGGGAGCAGGCGUUCUGCCAGCUAGCUGCGAAUUCCCGCAGUUCCUCCGUGAUGCUGCUGAUGGCACCAACGCUAACCUGAUCUUUGAUGAAGGAGUCACCUCAAGGUUGCAUUACGGCGGCAUGCAGGGCUACCAUGGUAUCAAACCUGACAUGACACUGCUAGGGAGCUGUUUGGGAGGUCUGUCCCUCGGUCUCUUCGGCGGUAGCGCCACCAUCAUGAAUCUCCUGGAGCCUCACGCUAGUGGGCAUCUGCGCUCAGGCAGGUCCAACAAUAGCACGCUGAGCAUUCGUGCUGGGGUCACUUGCUGUGAAGUCCUCACAGAAGACAUCAUUGCCUCUACCAACACGCUUGGUGAUAGACUCCGUGACGGCAUCAACCAAUUCGGGCGCUUGGCAACACCGGCAUUUGUUACUGCCACUGGCCUUGGAAGCUUGGUCGGUAUACAAUUUGGCGGAUCCUCGGCGCUGGAGCUCUCCGACGCAUUCUUCUUUUUCAUGCUCAAAGAGGGCAUAUUCAUCGGAAGGAAAGGUGUUCUAGCUCUGAACAUGACGCAUCGUGAUGAGCACAUCACGCGGGCCUUGAACGCAGUUCGGUGUUUUGUGGAGCAUGCUCUCGUGGAGGAUUGGAGCAUGUCCUGA